AUGGCGCCGAAAGACGAGAAGAGCUCGCUGAAGCGCGCGAGGAACUCAACAGGAGAUGAAGCCGAGCAGAAGAAACCUCGUCGAUCAACACGCCUCUCCCACACUGGCGACGAGGCCUUAGAGCAGGUGAAACAAGGCCCGCUACCAUCCCCCAUAACGCGGAAGGACACAGGCAGCACAGACAACGCACCAGGCGAUACUAUCACGCCGCCUGUGCGACCGAUUCACGAACAGCGAGCGACACCUCCUUCCGAUCCUCCCCUUCCACAACGCCGUUACGGUAACCUUUCAUCACCACCGUCCGACACUCAACCGUACUCGCAAUUUCUCCCACCACCGCCGGUAUCAUACGAGGUCGAGGAUGAAGAGAAGGAAGGUGUGUGGGGAUACCUUGUGCCGACUGCAGGAUUUCAACAGCCAUUGGUGCUAAGGAAGAGAGCUGCGUGUCCCGUGCCCGCAUUUCCUCACACCAAACCCAACGGGAAGCAGAGCGUGCCUAAGCAAAAGUGGAAGACCGACGAAGAGCAGUACGAAGCAGACAAGGCAGUGAAUGGUGUUCCCGCUGGAGGCUACCUGAUCGGAAGACAUCCCGAAUGCGACUGGAAAAUCCAAGAGCUCACCGUCAGCAACCGCCAUUGCCUUUUAUUCUCGGAGAACAAGAACGGCGACGCAGUGGCUGUGCUCGAGGACUUGAGCGGGAAUGGCACGUACGUGAACGAUGCGUUCGUGGGGCGUAACAAGCGUCGCGAGCUGCAGGAUGGCGAUGAGAUUUCUGUCCUCAACGUUGCGAACUUCAUCUUUCGAUACCCUCGUCGACGAGACACAAAUGCGUUCAAGAAGCAGUACAGCAUACAGGGACAACUUGGCAAGGGUCAUUUCGCGACUGUUUACCUUGCGCUGGAGAAGAGCAGUGGAAUGAGAUAUGCAGUGAAGAAGUUCGAGAAGCGAAGUGGUCCAGGAGAGCGCAGCAAAGUCGAAGGCUUGCACCAAGAGAUUGCUGUGCUCAUGGGCGUCAGUCACCCAAACGUGCUGUGCCUGAAGGAUACCUUUGACGAGUCGGAUGGUGUAUACCUCGUCCUAGAGCUCGCACCCGAGGGCGAACUGUUCAACUGGAUUGUCAUGAAGCAGAAGCUUACUGAGAUUGAGGCUCGCAAGAUCUUCAUUCAGCUGUUCCAGGGGAUUAAGUAUCUGCACGAGCGAAACAUCGUCCAUCGCGACAUCAAGCCCGAGAACAUUCUUCUGAUCGACAAAGAGCUCCAUGUCAAGAUUGCGGAUUUCGGCCUCGCUAAGAUCAUCGGCGAAGAGUCUUUCACCACCACCCUCUGCGGCACGCCAUCAUACGUCGCGCCCGAAAUACUGGAACAGACUAACCGUCGCCGGUACACUCGUGCGGUUGACGUAUGGAGUCUGGGUGUCGUUCUUUACAUUUGUCUGUGCGGCUUUCCUCCAUUUUCAGACGAGCUUUACUCGGCGGAGAAUCCGUACACCCUCAGUCAGCAGAUCAAGAUGGGCCGCUUCGACUACCCAUCGCCUUACUGGGACUCUGUCGGCGAUCCUGCACUCGAGCUGAUCGACCGAAUGCUGACCGUCGACGUUGAGCGCCGUAUCACCAUCGACGAAUGUCUGGAGCAUCCUUGGAUCACCCAGCGUCCCAUCAGUCUCACCGAUAGUACCGAUGGCCUGACCGGAGCGCUGGCUGGACUGGACUUUUCCAAGCGCAAGCCGCAGCGUGAGAGAACGAUGCUUUCUACGAUCAACGACGUGAAGGUCGACCGCGUCAUUGAGACACAACCCGACGCACCACCUGUUAAAGUGUGGGACAAGAACGCCAAGGCACGGUUCCAUACUCAACGCCCAGGUAGCCAGCAGAACGCUGCAAGACAGGCCAAGGCUAGUCAAGAGCAGAACGGUGGCAAGCCAGGACGUUUCGAGGAGACCGUCGAGCCUGGACCAGAUGCCGCUCGCGACCCUCAGGAGUUUAUUGAGAUGGGUGGCAAGGGCGACCAAGUCCUCUUUGAAGAUACCAACGGUUCGCGCUACCCUGACGCGACGAUGAGAGCAGGCGCUCCCGAGGAGGAGGAGUAG